AUGGCCAAUGGCACAAUCUUCAUGCCAUCUCUGCUUUUUCUGAUUGGGAUACCUGGCCUAGAGACUGUGCAGUGCUGGAUUGGAAUUCCAUUCUGUGCCAUGUAUGUCAUUGCCAUGGUUGGAAAUUAUCUGCUCCUGUUCAUCAUUCGAUCUGAGAGCAGUCUCCACAAGCCCAUGUACCUCUUCUUGGCCAUGUUGGGAGUCACUGAUAUUGCCCUCAGUACUUGCAUCCUCCCCAAGAUGUUGGGCAUCUUCUGGUUUCAUCUGAAGGAAAUCAACUUUGAGGCUUGUCUGCUGCAAAUGUGGCUCAUUCAUACAUUCCAGUCCAUAGAGUCAGGCAUCUUAUUGGCCAUGGCUCUGGACCGGUAUGUGGCCAUCUGUGAUCCCCUCAGGCACACCACUAUUUUCACCCCACAACUCCUCACUCAGAUUGGGGUUGGGGUGACUUUACGGGCUGCUAUCCUGGUGGCCCCAUGCCUUGUGCUUAUCAAAUGCCGCCUGAAACAUUACCGAACCACCAUCAUCUCCCACACUUACUGUGAGCACAUGGCCAUUGUAAAACUGGCUGCUGAUGACAUCCGGGUCAACAAGGCCUAUGGUUUGUUUGUGGCCUUUACUAUCCUGGGCUUUGACAUUGUCUUCAUUACUCUGUCCUACAUUUUGAUCUUCAUAGCAGUGUUCCGUUUACCCCAGAAAGAGGCUCGGCUCAAAGCCUUCAACACCUGCAUUGCUCACAUCUUUGUUUUCCUUGAAUUCUAUCUCCUUGCUUUCUUCUCUUUUUUCACUCAUAGGUUUGGAUUCCAUAUCCCCCCCUAUGUCCACAUCCUUCUCUCUAACCUUUAUCUAUUGGUUCCACCUCUUCUCAACCCCAUUGUCUAUGGAGUCAAGACCAAGGAAAUUAGGAAUCGCAUCAUCAACACCUUCUGUCAGAGAGUCAACCAGCUUUGGGAUUGUUUGGUCAGUCCCCUCUUUGGCUUUGCUUCCCAAGGACCAACGUCUGCUCUUAUGACUUUAGUCUCUUCAUUGUGA